CCUGACUGUCCAGUAAUACAGGAAAUGCCAUGGUUCGAGGACCUGAUCGACUUCACUCGUCUUCCAAUUUCCGUCAUUGACAAGCAGGGCCAAAGAAGGCAAAAGCAACCAGGCCUGCUUCAGAAAGGAGAGAGGGAAGUGGAUCAAUCUGAGAGGCAUGCUAAAGUGGCUGGAGAUUUAGGAUUAACAAUAAAGAAAGAGCCAGGUGAUAAUGGCGGCGUUGGUGCUGAUGGCAUAGGCACUGAAGCUUCCUGUAGCGAAGGUGAUUCCACGUGCGAGAUUAAAGAAAUUAUGAACGAGGACGCUGUGAAGGAAAAUACAAAGGCAAACACUCCAGUGGGGAAGACAAUUCAAGAAGAUUUGAGGAUUCUUCCUAAUAUUUUCGAAAAGGUCCUGAUCCCUCGAUUGACAGAUUUGGUCUCUCAAACAUGGGAUCCACUAUCUCGGCGGCAGUGCCUACGACUUCAUCAACUCCUGACUUCGUGGGCUGGUUUAUGGCCCACCUUUCAUUCAAAUAGCAGAAUGGUGCAGCAUUUAUUCCAGGCGGUAAUUCGUCGUCUGGAGACUAUUAUUCAGGAAGACGUCUUUAUUCCCUUAUACCCCAAGCAGUAA